GCACUUCCGCAUUUUAGACCUUCCCGUCAAAUUCGGAACACUCUAGAACUUUCAAUGUUUCUAGUCAUUUCGGCUUUUAACUGGACUUUUAUAUACGAAGAAAAAAAAAUACAUUGCAUAAGAAACAUAUUAGAAAUUUAUUAUUGAGAGAGAUUACCAUUGAAAAAAAUGUCCACCAUGAUGGCAGCAGGCCUUACUCGUAUACCACUCACAGCUUUUGUGUCUGGCUUUGCCAAGCCGUCCAUACUAAGACCUACGCAGAAUACCAUGGCACGAUUCCAGAUGUAUGCUAAUGAAACCAGAACUGCCACACGAAGGGCUGCCAAGAGAAGGUCAUUGAAAGAUAUGGCUAUGGCCCCCGCAGGACCUGGAGCUUUUAAUGUUGGAAAAGGACUCGUAGCUGGUGGUUCUGUUAUUGGUCUCGGUGCCUUAUGUUACUAUGGCCUCGGAAUGUCCAGCCAGCUUGGAGCUUUAGAUAAAGCAGUGUUGUGGCCCCAGGAAGUAAGACAGAGGAUCAGAGAUACAUACAUGUAUUUUGGUGGCAGUGUUGCUAUCACAGCAGCAUCUGCAAUAGCUGUCAGUAGAAACCCAAGACUCAUGGGACUGAUGAUGAAAAAUUCAUGGAUGGCAAUUGGUGUAACCUUUGCUACAGUAAUUGGUGCAGGAAUGGUUUGUCGGUCAAUUCCAUACCAGGAAGGCUUUGGUUCCAAGCAGUUGGCCUGGAUGGCUUACAGUGGUAUUUUCGGAGCUGUUUUGGCUCCUAUGACCCUAAUGGGUGGUCCUUUGUUAAUCCGAGCAGCUUGGUACACAGCAGGAGUAGUAGGGGGUCUUUCUACAGUUGCCAUGUGUGCUCCAAGUGAGAAGUUCCUAAAUAUGGGAGGACCUCUUGCUAUUGGUCUCGGAUUUGUAUUUGCAUCGUCAAUUGGGAGUAUGUUUUUACCACCCACCACAGCUUUAGGAGCAGGUUUAUACUCAAUAAGUGUUUAUGGUGGAUUGGUCCUGUUUGGAAUGUUCUUAUUAUAUGACACACAGAAAAUCAUCAAGAAAGCAGAAAGUCACCCACCUUAUGCUAUGCAAAAGUUUGAUCCAAUCAAUGCAUGUAUUGGGAUAUACUUGGACACAAUCAACAUAUUCAUUCGUAUAGCUAUGAUUCUGUCUGGGGGAGGUGGAAAGAGAAAGUAAACAUUAUAUUACAGUUUGAUUUGAACACACAAUACAUUCAGUUUAAGUUGAUCUAGAAAGUGAAAUUAUCAUCUGUGAUUAUUGACAAUGUACAUACUUGUACCUGUAUUAAUUGGUGUUUUCAUUGUUUUAUGCAUUUUAACUUUUAACAGCAUUAUUACAACAUGCUAUUAACAUAUCACUUAUUUGUAUGUAUUAAGCUAAAAUAAAAAUAAAACUUUUUGUUUCUGAAUACCCAACAGAGCUUUUUGUUUUUCAUAGCUGAUUAAAAAAGUAAAACAUAAUAAUGCUUGUCAGUUUUCAACCUCACAACAUUGGAUCUGAUUAAGACUUUACAGAUUCUUAUGUAAAGUAUCCAAAUUCUAAUAUUACAUCCUAUUAUCGUCAACCAGUAUAAUCACAACAUAUCUACCUUUAGCGCAAACGCAGUAAUACACAAAAACGGCUGUUCCGCGUUACGACCAACUUAUUUAUACUACCAGAUAUUCUCAAUUUUCUACAUCAAAACCCCAAGUUUACGUAGGCCAAGAUUCAGAUACAAUAUAUUUAUCUCUUUUCUAAAGCAAAAUAAACAAAUCAGUCCAUUUCAAUUUAUUUUUCAUGGUAAAAUUUCAUAAAACGAAAAUUCCGCGAAAUGAUGUUAUUGUCUUGGCAUGGCAACGAAACAAGGUGACGUCACAAGUAUGUUUUCGUAAACAAAAAAUCAAAUGUAAAUACCGGGCGUUUUAAAGCUUCUUGUACGCCUUAGAACGAAUAAAAUUACAUUGGAAGAAAAUAUAUAAGUGAAAAAUGCGAUUAAAAAAAAAUAAUCAUUGAAUUAUAUGAUAUUACUAAUAUUAUCAAAAUUGGGUAAAACGGAACAGCCAAAACAAUGUCGUAUGACUUUCACGGUUAACAAAAUUACCGAAUUUGUCCUAUUAGAAUUGAAAUAACUAACGCUCAGGGUAAAAUAAUUGAAUAUAAAUGCCCAAACCAUGGUUAAAUGAAAACAAAUCUACGGCUGCCAUGAAUUAUUUCUUAGUUUUUGUUUUGAAAUUAAAUGAUGAGAUAUUUUGUAAGGUGCAAUAUUAUGCAUCAUGAAUGAUGAUAGGGAUAAAAAGUUUCUUCAAAAACUAAUCAUCAGCUUCAAAUGAAAUAUGUUUUAAAAGAUGAAAUUCAAACAACUUUUCUCAAAUUUCCAUUAAAUUCAGUAAUUUCUUACAUAAGAUGAUUUGAGAAAUAUGUAAAAGAUAUUCGAUCAACAGACCCUACCAUGCCUACCUAUUUUCAGGUUGAUAUUUUAGGGAAUACUCAACAUACAUGUACAUUGUCCUUUCAUAAUUUGAGAAUUACUAACACAUAAAACAGUGCUUUAUAGACUCGAUGUAUUAUUAAAUGUUUUUGUUUGUAACAGUUUUGUUUAUUGUUUUGUCUGAAUGUUUUGUUUUAUCAGUUUAUAAUUAAUAACUUUUUUUUUAUUUUUUCGUAAUUAGAAUAUACUUGUUGUACUGGUUGUACAAAUUUUUUUUUUGCUAUAAUACACUAGCUUUUCAUAACAUACUGAAAAAAAUGUUGUGAUUAUUUAAAA